CCGUCAUCCAAAAUGUCUAUCAUCGUGACUACAAUGUCUGCAAGCGAGGGGUAAUAUUGACUUUGAUGAUGACAGGUUUAUUACAAUAGAAAAUAUAUAGCAGAGGUAGAAAAGUCUUAGAACAAUGAACGUUUUCGAGCAGCCGUAUUACAAGUUACUGAUAAACUUUGCUCGUUCAAUAGGUCGAUGGCCGGAUCAGUCUCGACUACAAGCUUUACUGAUAGGAAUCGGCAUUGUUACUCUAUUUAUUGUGCAAGUCACACCAAUAAUACUAUCCGAUAUAGUGCAUUCUGAUGAUCGACAUCUGAUAUUUGAAACAUUAGCACCAGCUAUUACGUACUUAGCUUGUUUUGAGUUAUAUUUAAAUACUCUUAUUAAUGGGAGAAAGCUCAGACUUCUUUUUGAAAGGAUUAACGACAAUUGGAAAGUAUUGAAGAAUCGUGAUGAAAAGCACAUCAUGGAAAAGCAUACAAAUUUCGGAAAUUUUCUUUCAGCUGGAUAUGCAGUGUUUGUGUACAUAGCAGCUAUAACAUUUGUAACGGAGCCAGUUUUGCCGAUGAUGGCGAAUUAUUUUUUCAAAACGAAUAUUUCCGCACCACAUAAUUUUGCUGUUCCAAUGGAAUGGAUUAUUAUAGAUACAGAAAAAUAUUACUGGGUGAUAAUGAUUCAGAGCGGUAUCUGUACUGUGCUUUCACUGUCUGUACUUGUUUCCGUUGACGUUAUAAUUAUUACCUUAGUAUAUCAUGCAUGUGGUUUAUUUGCAGUCGCAGGUAGACAUCGAAUUGAGAGUUUGCCUUACGAGGAAAAGCUUAAAAAUGGGCUCACGAAAUCGAAGCUAUUAAGAAAUUCUUACGACGUUCAUUACAUACAUUUAGUUUCGUGUAUUAGAUUCCAUCGACGAGCUUUAGAAUAUUUUGAUUUAAUUGAGAGCGCCUUUUGUGGAUGCUUUGGAGCAGCGAUUGGAUUAAAUUUGCCAAUAAUGAGUAUUACUGGCGUUCAGUUUAUAACACAAUCAAAUACAUUGCGGCAGAAAAUAAAAAUGUUAAUGUUCGCAGUAGGUGUGAUGAUUCAUCUCUUUUUCGAAUGUUUUAUAUCUCAACAGCUAACAGAUAUGAGCUUACGAAUCCAGCAGCACAUAGCUAAUACAAAGUGGUAUGAUAUUUCGGUAAAAUCGCAAAAAUUGUUGGUUCUGAUGACACGGAGAUGUCAAAUACCGUGUAUUUUAACAGCAGGAAAAAUCGUGGGAUUGUCUAUGGAAAGCUUUGGAAUGAUGAUAAAAACAUCUGCAUCGUACUUUACUUUUCUUCUAUCCAUGCAAUAAAUUUUAUGAACUGUACUUCUAUAUUGAUCACUGAGUUAUGAAUUUAUUUAUAGUAAAUAAAUAGAUAAAACUAA